AUGGUUCCUCUCACCGCCUUUCACUUCCUGGUUCCUCAGGUGUGCUCUCAGGUGAGCCGCGCGCGCACAGUCACGCGCUCUGAGCAGCUGGACGGUGUCAGUGUCCACGGUCUGACCAAUCAUGAGGUUCUGGAGGUGAUGAAGAGGACGGGUCAGACUGUCGUUCUCUCUGUGAUCAGGAAGAAACCCAGAGCCCUGGAGAGAUCCCUGGAUAAAGUGGAGAGGGAGUCGUUUCGGGUGUCACUGAGGAGGUCGUUGGACAUCAAGACUCGCUCGUCUGGGUUUGGGUUUACAUCGCCGAAUCUCGAACCGACGUACCCGAACACAGGACAGCUAACGAGGGCUACAGACGCUGAACUGAGGGAUAAAUGGGAGGCGGCUCUGGGACCACAGUACCAGGUUCUGGUGGUGAAGUUGGAUCCUGUCAUUGAAGAUGAUGCAGAGCUGCAAAAAUCCUCCAAGCUGCUGCCCAUCCACACUCUGCGUCUUGGCGUCGAGCUCGACUCGUUUGAUGGUCACCACUACAUCUCCUCAGUGGCCCCCGGGGGCCCCGUGGACAGACAUGGCCUCUUGAGACCAGAGGACGAGCUCCUGGAGGUGAAUGAUGUUCAGCUGUACGGUAAGACCCGCCGGGAAGCAGUGUCGUUCCUCAAAGAAGUGCCUCCUCCGUUCACUCUGGUCUGUUGCCGGCACCCGACCUCCGACCUGGAGCCAGAACCAGAAUCUGAAUCUGACCUGGAGCCUGAACCCGCACUGCGACCUGGACCUGAACCUGGACCAGUACCAGUAAGACAGUCCCAACCCAGUGUGGAGGAGAUCGAGCUGAAGCUGUCGUCGAUACUCUGCAGUCAGACCGAACAGAGAGAGAACGCCAUUGAGCAGCAGCUAGCAGCUAGACAGGAGCAGGUAUCCCCUGUAGAGGAGGUGCUGAAGACUCUACACAGCCAGGAAGAAGAGGAGGAGGAGGAGGAGGAACAGGAUGAAGAAGAUGAGGAUGAAGGGGAGCUCGCUCUGUGGUCUCCAGACGUUCAGGUGUUGGAGCUGCAGAAGGAGAGAGACAAAGGCCUAGGCUUCAGCAUCCUGGAUUACCAGGACCCGCUGGAUCCUGGUCGAUGUGUGAUGGUGAUUCGGUCUCUGGUUCCCGGCGGUUCAGCUGAGCGCCGUGGCGGUCUGCUUCCUGGAGACCAGCUAGUGUCAGUCAACCAGACCCAGGUGGACCUGCACACCCUGGCCGAGGCUGUGGAGGUCCUGAAGUCUGUCCCAGCUGGCACGGUCCGCCUGGGCAUCCGCAAGCCUCUGGUGGAGGGACCAGAGAGGAGGAGCCAGGGGUCUCUGAGCAACACACAACUACCUGUGCCAAAGGGUUUCGGUGACGGCUCCGUCCUGCCAGAAGACCUUCGACAACAAGAAGAGGAGGAGGACGAAGAGGAGCCGGAGCUGAUCCUGGAUGGAGGUCUGCCUCGCUACACCUCCUUCUCUCUGACCUCUGACCUCCUGCCUGUGGAGGAGGGCAGGGAGAUGGCUGUGGACGAGGAGGUGGAGGUGGAGAUGGAGAUGGAGAAGGAGAAGGAGAAGGAGGAGGAGGAGGUAAAAGUGGAGGAGAGCAUGGGGUCCCUCCCCAGGAAACCUCCUCCGUCGUGGGAGGAGUGGAAGCUCAGCUCCUCCAGCCGGGGCAGAGGAGCAGAGGAGACCUGGAGGAGAGAGAAUCAGGAGGAGGACCUGCAGAGAUCAGACCACGAAAGCAUCGUGUCUGUAGGAAACCUGGUUCUGGACUCCAGAGACAGUGAAGCAGACUCUGAGCUCACUCUGACCGACACCGACACAGAGUCUGUCAGGAUGAUUGACACACAGAGGAGGAAGAGGCGGAGCCAGGGAGGAGCCUCUCUACCAAUCAGAGGAGGGCAUGGCCACCUUCCUGAGAGAGAGGAGGGGGAGGGAGAGGAAACUCCUGCCUUCAGUCACUGGGGACCCCCCCGCAGGGUGGAGGUAUGGCCUGAGGAGGGUCAGUCUCUGGGUCUGAGCAUCGUAGGAGGCCGUCACGUGAUCAAGCGCCUGAGGAACGGAGAGGAACUGAAGGGAAUCUUCAUCAAACAGGUUUUACCCAACAGCCCUGCAGCCAAAACACAGUGUCUGAAGACCGGAGACAAGAUCCUGGAGCCUGUGUCUCUGACAGCUUCCAGCUACAGUAAACACAGAGCAGAGAGGACAGAGUCUCCGCAACCACCUGCAGCUCCGCCCCCUAUGAGACAGCCCCCGCCCUACAGACCUCCCAACCAAUCAGAGCAGGAGCUAAACUCUGACCUGGAGCAGGUCAAAGAGCGUUGGUGUGAGCGUUAUGGAGACCUUCAGGGAGAGCUGCUGUGCGUGGAGCUGGAGAAGGAGCGGCAGGGUUUGGGUCUCAGCCUGGCGGGGAACAGGGACCGUUCCCGCCUUAGCAUCUUCGUGGUGGGACUCCAUCCGGGAGGGCCGGCCGCUCGAGACGGACGCAUCAGGGUCGGAGACGAGCUGCUGGAGAUUAACAACCAGGUCCUUUAUGGGCGGAGUCACCAGAACGCCUCGGCCAUCAUUAAGAGUGCCGCUUCCAAGGUGAAAGUGAUCCUGCUCAGAAGUGAAAUGCUAUACAACCAGAUGGCUGCUCCGUUCUCAACUCCCCCUCCUCCCCUGUCCUGCAGCCUUGAGACCGUCUGUCCAGCUCCUCUCGGUGUCUCCGCCCCCACAGACGGACCCCGCCACCCUGACAGCCUGACACUCCACCCAUCAUCCGACGCACCGGAUCAAACAGGUGACGAAGCCGAACAGAACAACAAGAACAGGAACAGAAGCAGCAACAGCGCCCCCAAGAGUCUGAGAGAGGCUGACACCCUCAAAAAGAGGUUGAAAGUUGCAGAGUCUCCAGAAAAUGAUCUUCAGGCUCAGAGGGUGUCGCUGGAGCAGCAGGGGUCCGCGGCCCCGCAGCAUCAGUCUGGAGAAAGGCUCUGAGGGACUCGGCUUCAGCAUCGUUGGAGGAUUCGGCAGUCCACACGGAGACCUCCCCAUCUACGUGAAGACCGUCUUCAGCAAGGGCGCAGCGGCGGUGGAUGGGCGUCUGAAACGAGGUGACCAGAUCCUGUCGGUGAACGGAGAGAGUCUGCAGGGAGCGACACACGAGCAGGCGGUCGCCAUCCUGAAGAAACAGAGAGGAACAGUCACACUGGACAUCCUGUCAUAACACACACACACACACCUGCAUGCACACACCUGCACACACACACCUCACGUGCUCCUGGGACUCGAUAAAUCACAGACUCUUGGACUACAUAUCAUCGUUAUGGAUCAUGAACUGAACUUCCCAACAUGCAAAAAAAGAGACCCAGUAACCAGUACAACUGAUGUCUGACGCCACUUCAACACCCACAGAGUUUCUCCACCUGAAGCACAGAUGGGCUCAAAUCCUGGUGUUUGUUUGGGUCUGAGGAUGGUGACAUAUUUACAUUAAAUGUAUCUUUUCUUCCAGCACCACCAAAACCAGUUUAAUUCCACAAAUACUCAAAUCUAAUGUGCAGAAUGAAUGAACAUUUGUGUAUUCAAAAAGCUUCAGAAUAAGAGCGAUUUCUUUUUUUUACAGUUGAGCAAGCCUCAAAUCAUCACGUAGUUCCAUUUCUCAAAUAUUAUCUGAAUAUUUGUUGGUUUUGGACUUUGGAGAUCUCACCUUGAACUGAGGCUGAUGAUUCGAUAGGUAAAAUAAUAUUUAGUUGCAGCCCUGAAAUGAAAUACAGUUUAUCUUCAAAAGUUUAUCUUCAAUGGAAAUCCAUCAAAUAUUUGUUGAGAAGCGUCAACCUCACAGUGGUGUUAGACAAGACCUCGCCUGAAUCAAUAGGAUUCAUCAUCAGGAACUCAUCAAUGUCCAACAGUUGUCAAUAUAUUUCAAACUGACAGUCCUAAAACAAACAAACUGGAAAAGGAACAAUUCAGAAUACUGUGUGAGAACAAAUAAUCAUCAUAAUGGAGCGACAUUUAAACUUAGAGGAACAAAAGGGAAGUGUCGGUGAAAAUAUCUCUGUUCACUGACACUGUUGCACACAUUAGCUUAGCAUCUCCUCUGUGGUAAAACUGCUUAGCUGUUAGCCACCAAGUAGCAGAAUUAUAAAUGUGGAAACCACCGGAGACGAGUAAACUGUAAGAAAACUGUUUUUAUCCAACAAACUUUUAAAGAAACAGCUGCUAUAGCAAAAAGGACUUUUCAUUUUCAUUCUCAAAUUGGCAGCACCUGACCCUUCCUAAGCCCCGCCCCCUUUUUGCUCUGUGUUGAGCAAGCCUCGGUCAACUUCCUCCUUUCCUGAACUGACAUAGGCUAUGUGCUAGGCUAAUCUAUAUUUGAUGGUUAAAGAUGGUUAAAAGAUAAAAGACAUAUAUAUACUGAUGUAGAUUAACUAGCUAGAACAGAGCAAAAAGGGGUGGAAAAUUUAAUUUCAGUAGGAUUAAAUUAUUUUGUUGUAAUAUUGGCACUCACAGGCCUCCAGAUGAAAUGUAAAAGUGCUCAGCACAUUUGAAAAGAGGGGAAAUCCAGUCUGACCCAUGUGUUAAUCGGAUCCUCCCCUGGGUUCAUUGUUUUCUGUUUUUACUUUUUAAAGAAAAUCUGCUGUUACAGCAAGGAAAGGAAAUUAACAGAAUAGAAUCAGAAAAACAACAAUUUGGCUGAAAACUGGUCUUCUGAGCUACUUUGACCACCAGAGGACCAGAAAAAUAAAAACGUAAUUAUUUCAAGUUAAAACUUGGAAAUGUCGAAAACAAUGAGCCUUAAUUAAAACUAAUUAAGCCCUAAUUAAAAAUUUCAUAACAGACAAUAUUAAAAUGUUCCUUCAUAAUAGAGAUACACUUGAAAAAGUUUCCUUUAAGUUCAAAAUUAUGUUAAAUCACAUAAUUCAGCUCGUUAAAGAGUCCUAAUUAUUUAAACAAGGUCUUAAGUUCUUAUAAAAAGUGCCAUAAUUAUUCAGUUCAGAGAACACAACAGAUAUUAAAGAUUAAACUCUACUAAUGAAUCCACACGAUACACACAAACAUUAUAUAAACGUUAAAUACUCAUGUGUCUCCAUGGAGAUGACUCUCAGGACUGGGUGGGCUUGGAGACCCCCUGUCGCCCCCGGCAACAGAUACAGUGUCUUCCACAUGGUUGUUGUCAUGAAGACAAAAGUUUGAAAAAUGUGUCUCCAUGGAGAAAAUAAAACUUAUUAGAAAGGCUUUCUAGAAGCAGGCGUGAAUAAAAAGCAACAGAGCGACAUUUCAUAUAACUCUCUUGUUCUCCACGGCGUGUUUAGCCUAGCUUAGCACAAAGACUGGAAGUGGGGGGAAACACACGACUCCAAUGCUCAAACCAACAACCCCAGAAUUGUUUGUAAUAUAUUAAGAUGUUUUGAUUUAUGUAGUGCUUGGAUUAAGGGUUUUUUAUGGGGCAGAAACACCUUAAAAUGUGCCGUUUAACACGCACCCCUGAAUUUGUUACGGUGGAAAUUAAGGAUGUCUUUGUUACAAGGGAAAUGUUACAGGGUUUACCCCAGAUUUGGGUUAGUUAACAGAUUCUGAUAUUAUUAUAAUAUUUAUGUUAUAAUAUUGCAUUUUUUUUUUUUUCUGGAUUAAAAGGGUUGAAAAUGUAUAAAGCCUGUUAAAAUUGGGUUAAUUAAUGGUAUUUUAAAGGAACAAAGGUAUUCAGUUACAACAGUAACAGUUGUUAAAACCUAUGUUUCCUUUUACAUUUUUAUAUUUUUACAACUCAUCAAUAAAAAAAGACAUAACAUGUAAAUCAGACAGAUUUGAAGUUGUUGGAAAGGUGGAUUUUUUUUAGAACCGUUUCCCCCUGCUUCUAGUCUUUGUGCUAAGCUAAGCUAAACAGACCUAUCUUUAGCUUUAUCCUCUGCUGGAUUCACUUUUAUUUUGGCACAAUAUUCAAAUUCACUAAGCUAAAAGAUCUUUAAUCUUAUAUCUGUCCUCACUUUUAUUAGCUAAGGCCGUUGCUAACGCACUUUCCGUUGGGCUACAGCAGCUCUUCGUAAAUCCUUUAAAUCCGUUUAAGUCCGUCCUAAGUUAGCUGCUAACUAUAAACUAUGAUUGGUUGCUAGGAAACAUCUGUAAUGCCGUCCAAUCAAGAGCAACCAACAAUAUAAACUGGAAGUCACUGUAGCGUCACAAGCUAGCAUAACAUCCAAAAAUUUAUUUUUUUCUAAAGGCUCAUAAGAUAAUUCUUUGUAAAUGUAGUUUUAUUUCUGUCUGUAUACUUGGAGAAAUGUGUAUUUCACAGUUAGUAGUGUUUAUCCAGUUAAUAAUGAGAAGAAACAAUGCUAAUGCAAUGCUAAGCUAAUGGACGGUUACUCAUUUAGUCAGUUUUUCAUAAUUUGAGGUAUGUUUUGUGAAAAGUAAUCUUCCGGAUUGAAUCAUUAUUAAACACAAUUUAUCAAGUAGAACGAGACUAAUUUAAAAACCUAACACACUCUCAUCCAACAAAAGCUGAUUGCAGGUUUAAUUUCUGUAUUGUGUUUAUUCUGUAUUUCUGUAUUCUGUUUCAGAUUCAGUGGAUUUGAUGAAAUGCUAACAAACAUUAGCUGGAGAACAAGGAUUUACUGAAAUGUGAGACUGUUGCUUUCUUAUAUUUUACAAUGUGAAGGUAGUUGUGCGUUAGCAGAGUUUCGCUAACGUUUAGUUCGAUACCACAGUACUCUGUUCAGAUAUUUAGGUUAAUUGAACUAUUUAGCAGCAGCUGUAGGCGAACAGUUUGUUUCUGAGGAAAUUAUCUGUUGAGCUUCCUGUACUUUAUACAUAUCAAUCAAGUGCAAAAUACUUAAUGUUCAGCUUUUUGUUGCCAUAAUUACUGUCUUAAUUUUUGGUACUUUAUUUGUAGAUGUCACAGAAGAACUGUAAUUUAUUUUUUGAUUGCUGGAAAUUAACAAUGUCUUUUUUGUUGUUUUAUUUUAUGUUUCUUGUAUCACAAUGGAAACCCUGCAGCUUCUGUUUGUCUUCACACAGGAGUCAAAAACCAGCUGGGGUUGCACUUUAUUUUACAUAAUUUCAUCACGUUACCUGGAAAGAACUGUCAUUUGGUUGUAUUUAUAGAGAAAAUACAGUUAGUGUUCAGUUGAAUCUUUUAGUCAGAGCACAAUAAAGGAAUAAUGAAUUGCUACUCUUUGAGGAAAAUUACUUAUCAAAAAAAGCUAAUCAAAUGUGCCGUUGUAACUGGAUUUGUUUGCAUUUCAAAUUAGCACCAUUAAAAGUCAGCCGAAUAAGUUGUUAGCAGCUCCUGUUUGCAGGAAACCCAUGGAUGUACGGACAACUAUCACUGGAUUACUUCGAUACUGAAGAAAACUUAAAAAUGUGAUGAUUCUCAGGCAAGUUCGGCAGUGUGUUUUUUCAAAUGUUUAUAGUGGACGGACAUCAGAGAUAUAAAUGUGUGUUUCAUGUCUGUGUGUUCACAUUUGACUGAUUAUGAUUUUUGACUUAAAUUCACUUCCUGCAGUA